GUUGCAGACCAAUCUUGGAGCAAGAUAUCACUGAGCUUCUUCUUCUUCUUCCUUCUGACGAAACCACAGUAGAAGGAAGAAGCUAAAGCUUACUGUACUUGUCUUCGAUUUAUGGCCGCCAAGCUUCUCCAACCACCAUUCCAAGCUUCCCAUGUAAUUGCUCCAAAACCAAGAACCACAAAAAUGGUGAAAACCCAGAGGUUUCUCCCUGACACUUAUCUAAUGAGCAAGAGCACAAUCUUUGGCGAUUUCCCAUCUGGGUUUACACCCAUUUACACCACCAAAGUUACAGAACAGAGCUCCGGCAUUGUUGGGGAUGAAACACUUGCCCAGAUCAAAACAGAGCUUUUCCAGGCCGUACAAGGAGUAAACAGAGGUAUAUUUGGAAUCCCAUCUGGAAAGAAAUCUGAGAUUGAAGGUUUGGUAAAGCUGCUAGAGUCUCAGAAUCCAACUCCAAAUCCUACUGUGAAGCUAGAGAAGGUGGGUGGAUCCUGGAAGCUACUCUACAGCACCAUUACAAUCUUGGGUUCCAAGAGAACCAAGCUGGGAUUGAGAGAUUUCAUUUCCUUGGGAGAUUUUUUGCAGAUCAUUGAUGUUGCUAAGGGAAAAGCAGUGAAUGUGAUCAAGUUCAGUGCAAAGGGACUGAAUUUGUUGAAUGGACAGCUCACUGUUGAGGCGUCCUUCAAGAUUGCAUCAAAAUCAAGAGUUGAAAUUAAUUACGACAAGUCGUCGAUCACUCCUGCCCAGUUGAUGAAUGUGUUCCGGAAAAACUAUGAACUUCUACUUGGCAUCUUCAAUCCACAAGGCUGGCUCGAGAUUACAUAUGUAGAUGAUGACAUCAGGAUAGGGAGGGAUGAUAAAGGCAAUAUCUUCAUAUUAGAGAGAUCAAGAGAAUGAGGAAUAUGGGUCCGGGUCCUGAGGUUUAAAUCCCAGUUAGAAGAUCUCUCUGGAAGGGCUUAAUCAGUUCAUCAACAUAACAAUCAUCAUUGCUUUACUUCAAAAAAUGUUAGGUUGUAAGUCAAAUAAACUGCAGGCACCUUUUCAAAAAUAAUCCAGUGGAAAUAUUAGGGCAUGAAAAUUUGUUUCAA